AUAGAUUUUGUUUGACCUUGACCAGUAAAGUGCUAUUUUAUAGGUUUUUAAAUGGCUCAUGACAUUGAAAGGUCCGUGUGUGUGUGUGUGUGUGUGUGUGUGAAAGAGAGAACGAGAUUGAAAAGAAAGUGAUCCUUUUUGAAAGUAUUUGAAGUAAGAUCAGCUGUUCAAUGCCUAAAGUUAAUUCCGUUACACACAAAAAUAGACCCUGUAAGAAUUGUGUGGUGUCAUAUUUAACCAGUGUGACUAAAAUAGACUCUGUUUAUAAACUUAUUUUCUGAUGACUGUAUCAUAUUUCCUGGGCACCUCCUUGAAUAACAGGAGAAAUAAAUAGGUAAUAGUUGCUUCACUAUUAAGCCUACCUCCAUUUUAUUUAUUGGCAUUUAGUCAUUACUUCAAUGUCACAAAUGAGGGUGAAUAGAGACUUCCAGAAAGCCUCUUCCCUUGGCAAAUCAGUCUGUGGUUUGAGUGAGUUCAGCAAUAUUUUGCAUAUGCAGAACUAAAAGCAUUUCUUCUGGAUAGCUGACCUAUUUGAGGAUAUGGCUGUUGGCGAUAAGACACUGGUUAAGUGGAGUUGGGGUAGCAAAAAUAAUACAACUCCUAGCCCCUAACCUGUGAUUGUCUUUCAUCAUUUUCCAGGGAGCGACUAUGUCACCAUUUCUUCGAAUUGGUUUGUCCAACUUUGACUGUGGAGCCUGCCAAUCUUGUCAGAGUGAGGCCAUUAGCCCUUACUGCGCUGUGUUGGUCAAAGAAUAUGUUGAAUCAGAAAAUGGACAAAUGUAUAUCCAGAAGAAGCCAACUAUGUACCCACCCUGGGAUAGCACUUUUGACGCCCACAUCAAUAAAGGAAGAGUGAUGCAGAUCAUUGUGAAGGGCAAAAAUGUGGACCUCAUAUCCGAGACCACCGUAGAACUCUACUCACUGGCCGAGAGGUGCAGGAAGAACAACGGGAGAACAGAAAUCUGGCUGGAGCUGAAACCUCAAGGACGAAUGCUAAUGAAUGCAAGAUACUUCCUGGAAAUGAGUGACACAAAGGACAUGAGUGAAUUUGAGACAGAAGGCUUCUUUGCUUUGCAUCACCGCCGAGGAGCCAUCAAACAGGCCAAAGUCCAUCAUGUCAAGUGCCACGAGUUCACUGCCACCUUCUUCCCUCAACCCACAUUUUGCUCUGUCUGCCAUGAGUUUGUGUGGGGUCUGAACAAGCAGGGCUACCAGUGUCGACAAUGUAAUGCAGCAAUUCACAAGAAGUGUAUUGAUAAAGUUAUAGCCAAAUGCACAGGAUCAGCUAUCAAUAGCCGAGAAACUAUGUUCCACAAGGAGAGAUUCAAAAUUGACAUGCCACACAGAUUUAAAGUCUACAAUUACAAGAGCCCAACCUUCUGUGAGCACUGUGGGACCCUGCUGUGGGGACUGGCAAGGCAAGGACUCAAGUGUGAUGCAUGUGGCAUGAACGUCCAUCAUCGAUGCCAGACAAAAGUAGCCAACCUCUGUGGUAUAAACCAGAAGCUAAUGGCUGAAGCUCUAGCAAUGAUUGAAAGUACUCAACAGGCUCGCUCCUUAAGAGAUUCAGAACACAUCUUCAGGGAAGGUCCAGUUGAAAUUGGUCUUCCGUGCUCCACCAGAAGUGAAACCAGGCCGCCAUACCUACCGACACCCGUGAAAAGAGAGCCUCAGGGAAUCUCCUGGGAAUCUCCAUUGGAUGGGACUGAUAAAAUAUGUCAUCGUCCAGAACCAGAAGUGAACACAGAACGACCAUCUCUACAUAUGAAACUGAGAAUUGAGGAUUUUAUCUUGCACAAAAUGUUGGGAAAAGGAAGUUUUGGCAAGGUCUUCCUCGCAGAGUUCAAGAAAACCAAUCAAUUUUUCGCAAUAAAAGCUUUAAAGAAAGAUGUGGUCUUGAUGGACGAUGAUGUUGAAUGUACAAUGGUGGAAAAGAGAGUCCUCUCCUUAGCCUGGGAGCAUCCUUUUCUGACACACAUGUUUUGCACAUUCCAGACAAAGGAAAAUCUCUUCUUCGUGAUGGAGUAUCUCAACGGGGGAGAUUUAAUGUACCACAUCCAAAGUUGUCACAAGUUUGAUCUCUGUAGAGCAACGUUUUAUGCUGCUGAAAUCAUUCUCGGUCUGCAGUUCCUUCAUUCCAAAGGAAUUGUCUACAGGGACCUGAAGCUAGACAAUAUCCUGUUAGACAAAGAUGGACAUAUCAAGAUAGCAGAUUUCGGAAUGUGCAAAGAGAACAUGGUAGGAGAUGCAAAGACAAACACUUUCUGCGGGACUCCUGACUACAUCGCCCCGGAGAUCUUGCUGGGUCAGAAAUACAACCAUUCUGUUGAUUGGUGGUCCUUCGGUGUUCUUCUUUAUGAAAUGCUAAUUGGUCAAUCGCCUUUCCAUGGCCAAGAUGAAGAAGAGCUGUUCCACUCCAUCCGCAUGGACAAUCCCUUUUACCCACGGUGGCUGGAGAAGGAAGCGAAGGACCUUUUAGUGAAGCUUUUUGUGCGAGAACCUGAAAAGAGGUUAGGAGUGAGGGGAGACAUCCGCCAGCAUCCUUUGUUUCGGGAGAUCAAUUGGGAGGAACUCGAAAGGAAGGAGAUUGACCCACCAUUCAGACCUAAAGUGAAAUCACCCUAUGACUGCAGCAAUUUCGACAAAGAGUUCUUAAAUGAGAAGCCCCGGUUGUCCUUCGCAGACGGAGCACUGAUCAACAGCAUGGACCAGAACAUGUUCAGGAACUUUUCCUUCAUCAAUCCAGGCAUGGAGCGGCUCAUCUCCUGAACCUCAUCUCUCCAGAGGCACAAAGGGAUUCAUCUUCUGUCUGGGAACUGGCUCAAGCCACACCUCUUGGGUCCCUUUUCCAAGUUGGAAAAGAAAAAGAAACACUCAACAAUAAAGGCUAAGCCCUUUGAGCUCCUCACACGACUUCAUAUCUGUAGCAGAAAACCGACUCUACUUCACUAACAAGGCCCUCCAUUUCAUCUCCUAGCAUCUUUCAGAGCCGCUCAUGAAGUUAGGUCAUUACUAACCACAAUUACUUACUUGAACAAUGGUUCUCCAUAUUGUGGAAGAUGGGAAACUUCAUUAUGCUCUAAAUGAUGGCUCUUCCAUUGGGCACCAACUACUGAUCAAUGAAACGCUUGACGAAUCAAGGAGCAAGCUGAGAACAAACUCUCUGAAACAGCCUCUGGCUGAUGUAGUUGUAGAUCUCAUUCAGCUGCAGACAAGUAACCACUAAUCCCUUUCAUUCUGUUCAUGUCUGUGAAAGUAUAAAUGCCUAGAGAUAGGAAACCCUGAGUAGGUAUUUAUGGGGUUCCUCAAAAUAAACAUAGCUUGUAAUCUGACAUUCACAGAGACACAUUCAUUCUGAUGAACCAAGAAAUUCACAUAAUGGGGGGAAAUGGAAAAGAGGAAGAAUCCAUGUCUUUGAUGGAGAAGGUUCACCAGAAUGUCUAUACUGGUUGCCUUGUCAUCAUGGAAACUAGUUGUAGGACUCAACAAAUCAAUUAUCAUUUUAUUCCUAUGAAUAAAACCUUUGUGUCCUUCCAUUCUCAGUCAGUUUCAGUACUGUUACCACCAUGAUAGUAUAACAAGAAAUGAAAUGCAUUGAUCUUAUGAGACAAAAUAAACCCAAUCCCUUUUGAAUUUUUUCCAUUCUCAGUCAAUUUCAGUACCAUUACCACCCUGAUACAACAAGAAAUGAAAUGCACUGUUCUUAUGAGACAAAAUAAAUCCCAAUUAUUGGUGAUUUGAUGACUGUCUCUUUUUAGACAUCAUUCAAUAUAAAUGACCCAUGCAUGGUAUUUGUGGUAAUUAAUCUCAUUUAACUAGAAUUCUACGUAUACAUCUUAAAGUAUCUGUGUUGUCUGUGUAUUUUGAUAAAGUAAUAUGGCAAUGAUGAAAGUGAAUUGUAAAAACAGAAUAAAAAAUAUGACUGUUAA